AUGUCAGAAUUUUAUCACCCAUUCAAACGAAAAUUUUCACCAGAAGAUCCUUUUUUUACACUAGGAAACUUGGAAUUCCGUUUCGAUUGGUUGAAAAAACACUCGCAUUUACAAAUUGAAGAGGUUUUUAACGAGGAACUAAAGUCAUUAACAAUCACAAACCCAAUUGCAUGUUGUUCACCACCUUGGUGUAAUAAAAAUCCAUUAAUGUUUUAUACUGCCUUAGACUACGAAACACAUUAUAAUGCUUCUCAUCGUCAUUUUUGUCAAGAAUGUGACAAAGUAUUCCCUUCAGAACGUUGGUUGAAUCUUCAUUUGACGGAAUUUCAUGACAUUAUGACUCUAAUGAGAAAAGAAAAGGAUUAUCAUAAAUAUCCGAAAACUUUUAAUUUUGGUAUACUUGUGAAUGGAAUCAUUCCAUUUAGCAUACGCAAUGCGGAGAAUAUAAGGAAACAAAAGAGAAAGAACAGUAAUAGAAAUUUAGAAUCAUCACAAUCACCAAUGAAACAUGAUAAUUCUGCAAGUUAUUUGAAAAUAGAUUCAUUCCAUUCUACUGCCACCGAGCCUGGAACUAUGGAUGUUGAUUCUCUUACUAAAUCCAUGUCGAACCUAAGACUACCAAGAGUACCUAAAACUAUUACCUUUGGAAUGAGAACAGGUUAUAAAGGACGGGUUGUUAAUGCUCAAACAUCCCAACACAAAGGGUUGAAAGAAAAAGUAUCAUUUGAUAAUACUCAGGAGGCGAUGGAAAAUGUUGAAUUCAAUGAAAAAUAA